AUGUCAGCUGUCAAUGACACAAAAUUUAAAUCUGUAAUAUUCCUUCUAACCAGGCUACCAAGUCAUGGAGACGCACAUCUCUGGAUUUCUGUCUCAUUCUGCUUCAUGUAUGUUAUUUCAAUAGUAGGAAAUUCAGUCAUUCUGUUCAUUAUAAAAAUAGAUUCAAGCCUCCAUGAGCCCAUGUACAUUUUCCUUUCCAUGUUGGCUGUCACAGACCUCGGCAUAUUGAUAACUACCAUGCCAAGGAUACUGGGCAUAUACUUGUUUAACUCUAGGGAGAUCAGCCUCAAUGCCUGUUUAGCCCAGCUCUUCUUCAUCCAUGUGCUUCAUUGUAUUGAAUCCUCCGUGCUGUUGUUGAUGGCCUUUGACCGUUUCGUCGCGAUCUAUAACCCGCUGAGAUAUACUUCCAUCUUAACCCUGCCGAGAAUAGCGAAGAUGGGACUGGUGGCUGUGCUAAGAGCCACGGUCAUAAUACUUCCACUCCCCUUUCUCCUGAAACGAUUCCACUACUGUCGAGCCAAUGUCCUCUCCCAUUCCUACUGUGUGCACCGGGAGGUCAUGAACAUGGCUUGUUCAGACAUCACAGUCAAUAUUAUCUAUCGAUUGUUUACUAAACUCUUCCAGAUGGGAUUGGACUCGCUGCUCAUCUUCCUCUCUUAUGUGAUGAUCCUCAAAACAGUGCUAAGCAUUGGGUCCCAUGAGGAGUGCCUGAGGGUCCUGAACACAUGCUUCUCGCACCUCUGUGCCCUCCUUCUCUUCUACACACCAGAGAUCAGCUUGUCUGUGAUACAGAGCUUUGAGAAGGGCUCCUUACCGUUACUUCAAAUUGUCCUGGGCUACAUCUCCCUGCUUCUCCCCCCGCUGAUGAACCCAAUUGUGUACAGUGUGAAAAGCAAACACCUUCGUGAGAGCAUAAUCAGAGUGUUCAUCAAAUGA